AUGCGUCUGAUGGAGCGGGCCAGAGACACACAAAAUGUCGUCUACUGCUGCACUCAGGACCCGUCGGUGCAGGAGCUGUUGCCGCGGUUGCUGGAUCAGUUGGAGUUGUGUCAGCGCUCGUUGUCAGGCUAUUUGGAGAAGAAACGACUGCUCUUUCCGCGAUUCUUCUUCGUCUCCGAUCCGGUUCUCCUCGAGAUUCUCGGACAGACGUCCGAUCCGGAAGCCAUUCAGCCGCAUCUGCUCUCCGUCUUCGACAACAUCAAACAGGUCCGCUUCACACACAACCACGUCGGCAUCGAGGAGGCCUUCUCGUCGGAGGGUGAGCGGUUGAAGGGUCAUUUUGACCAGAAAACUACACGAAUAGUACCCGUUGAUAUGGCAAAAGGCCUAAGGGUGUGUCGCUACGAGUGGGUCUGUGGAAGCGUAACCAUCUCCGCCACCGGUACCAGAUGCCGCUUGCAGGGAUCCUGGAUUACCUCCUGCCCAACCCUCUCGCCACCACUUUUUUUCCUACCCACUUAUCAGUCGGUCGCUGCUAAGCGUCAAAAUCACUUCUUUUUCGUAUAG